AUGGCAGAGUAUGUCACAAGCCCAAAGCUUCCAAACCUGGGGCACCAAGCAGAAUAUGACGUCCGCCGGCGAGCAGCUGACUGUCAUCAUCUGCACCUCAUCCCUCUCAAGCCUCCCUCUCUUCCCUUUUCGCCCCCCCCCCCUCCCCUCCAAGCCUGUUUCUCUCAGUUUUAUCGUCUCUCAAAAUCUCUUCUCUCUACGAUUCCGCGCAUACUCCAAUCCAAUUGUCCUUUGACUGUUCAAUUCAAUCGUCCGCCGCACGCCGGCAAUUUCUUCAACGGUCAAGCUCACCGGUUUCUCCGAUCGCGCCAUUUCACCGGGCGCGUUUUUCUCCCCCUCCCCUCCCUCGCCACCCCGCCCGGUCGGUCCCUCGCCCGGUUUUUUUUUUUCCUCAACCCUCCUCCGCCUCUCCCACUACGACGACACCGACGACCCCAAAGCAUGGACACCGCCACCGCCGAGCCGCCCGAGUUUAUCCUCGACGUCUUUGCCGACCCGCGCUCCGUCCGCGACGUCGUCCGCGCCAUCCUGCACACAAUCUUCUUCAACCGUUUCUUCCCCUCGGUCCACCCUUCGACCCGCGACGUCCUCGAUCUCACCCUGCCCUAUGUCGACGACGACGAGCUCGCCACCAUGAUUGAGCAGCGCGCCGCCGCCCUCGAGCGGCAACUCGACGCCGAGCGUCACUCGUCGUCGUCCUCCUCCUCCUCUUCGCCGCUGUCCGCCGCUAGCGCCUCGCCCCGCCACCACUACAACACCACCGCAGUCACCAGCAGCUCGGCCAGUGGCGCUCGCGGCCAGAUCUCGGUCCGCUUCUUUGAAAAGAGGCGCAAAAAGGCCUGGCUCGCGCGCGGUGAUGAUGAAGUCUGCUGGGAGUGCUGGACGGUCAAGGUGACCGUCGCUGAGCCGAGGACGGAAUCUGAACGCGCAAAGGUCCGCCGAGCCAUGGAGCAGACCCUCCUCACCACUGCCAUGAAAAUCGUCACCUUCGCCAACACACACAAGGAUCACAUUCCCCCCAUCACUACCCAGGGCGGCAACCCAUUUCCCUGCAAGAUUAGCAUCGAGCAAAAGGAGAGCACAGGCUGGGCGGCGCGCAUGCGCAUCUAUUAA